GAAGAAACAAGCAACAGCAAAGAGAACGUGGAGGAGAGUGUUUUUCACACUUUAGCGAUCUCAAACAUGCAUAGAACCACUUCAUAAUUAAAGGAAUGCAUGUGUGAUUCCUUCUCACAUCCACGUAGGUAUGAGCUGCAGUGAAAGAGACGUUGUUUCGGCAAACAGGCCUCGGCGUUGUGGACAAACGAAGGCUCUGAAUCACUCGCAGCAUCCCAACAGCUGCCGUCACCGUCGCUGUUUUUUCUUGGUUGUUCUGCGGGACAAUACCGGGUUAAGACCAGCUGCAUCUGGGAGCAGGAAGCAGAGGGGAGUCGAGGAGGAGAGGUGGGUGUGGGGUGAGAAAACAGAGAGGUAAUUGUAUAUGUAAGAGUGAGGCAACCCCAGCGGAGGGGCAGAAGCAGGAGGCGAGGGAGGAGGAAGGAAGGGAGGCAAGUCAGUGGGGAUGGGAGGACGGUGGUGGAAGAAGAAGAGAGGAUGAAUCCUGAAGGUCUUGAUAUGUGAGAAGAGGGAUGUUGUAAGUGCAGAAAGACAAACAGAAAAAAGUUUUGGGGAAGUUUGGGAACAAAGAGGCGCAGCGAGAAGGGGGUGGCAGGAAGAAAGAAAAACAACUGGGGAGUCCACAUGUGAGGUGUUUUUAAAGUGCAUGUCGAAGCAGCGCUGAAGCAGAGCCAGGAAAAGGGGAAGGGCCUCCGUCUCCUCCUUCUCCAGCUGACAAAAACAGCUGCCUGGUAGAGGACGGAGGGAAGACCAAGCCGGAGAGAGGAGAGGAGGCGGAGGAGGAUAAAAUCCACCAGACCCAGGACACCCUCCACCUAUAUGGGUUGCGUCCUGAGCUCGGACUGGUGUGGGGAGGGAGAGGUGCGACCGGUGCCGGUGGUCCGGAGCUCGUCCCUGAAGAGAAGGAGUCUGGAGAGGAGUGAGAGCGGCAGGAUGAGGCUCACCAAGGCUGGGAAGGGGGAACCUCACGUCUUCAAGGAGAAGACUUUCAAAAAGAAGCGUCAGUGCAGCGUCUGUCGGCAGAACGUCGACAGCGUGGGGUCGUUCUGCAGAGUUUGUAAAACAGCCACUCACAGGAAAUGCGAGGCAAAGGUGACCUCUGCUUGUAUCCCGGCUCCCUCCAACGAUCUGCAGCGUAGAGGGACGACUCCAUCUCGACACAUUCAGCACCUGGGAUCCACUAAGUCUUUAACCUACACCAAACAGAGAAACACUCUGCCCAGGAGCUUCAGCGUGGACCGGGUGAUGGAGCGAGUGAUGGAGCGCCACUACGACUUCGACCUGACCUACAUCACAGAGAGGAUCAUCUCGGUGUUCUUCCCUCCCAGGCUGGAGGAGCAGCGCUACCGGCUCAACCUGAAGGAGGUGGCCGCCAUGCUCAAGUCCAAGCACCAGGACAAGUUCCUGCUCCUGAAUCUGUCUGAGAGGCGCCACGACAUCAGCAGACUCAACCCGAAGCAGGUCCACGACUUCGGCUGGCCCGACCUCCACGCCCCGCCGCUGGAUAAGAUCUGUGCCAUCUGUAAGGCCAUGGAGACCUGGCUGACCUCGGACCCUCAGCACGUGGUGGUUCUGCACUGCAAGGGAAACAAAGGAAAAACCGGCGUCAUCAUCGCUGCUUACAUGCACUACAGCAAGAUCUCUGCAGGGGCUGAUCAGGCUCUCAGUACUUUGGCCAUGAGGAAGUUCUGUGAGGAUAAGGUGUCGUCGUCCCUCCAGCCGUCUCAGAACAGGUACAUCUACUACUUUGGAGGUCUUCUGUCUGGAGCGAUAAAGAUGAACAGCAGUCCGUUGUUCCUCCACCAGGUUCUCAUUCCGUCGCUGCCCAACUUCCAGGGAGAAGGAGGUUACUUCCCGUUCCUGAAGAUCUACCAGUCCAUGCAGCUGGUCUACACUUCGGGCAUCUACGACCUCCAGGGAACCGGAGGACGACGUCUCUGUGUGACCGUGGAACCGGCGCUGCUGCUGAAAGGUGACAUCAUGGUGAAAUGCUACCACCGCCGCUCCCAGACGGCUGACAGAGACACGGUUUUCCGGCUGCAGUUCCACACCUGCACCAUCCACGGAUCCCAGCUGUGGUUCGGGAAAGGAGAGCUGGACGAGGCGUGCAUGGAUGAGCGUUUUCCGUCCGAUGCCACAGUGGAGUUUGUCUUCUCAUCCGGACCAGAGAAAAUCAAAGGCCGUGAAUACCAGAAGAACGAUCCGGCUGUUACAGUCGACUACAACACGGCAGAUCCAGUGGUUCGCUGGGAUUCCUAUGAGAACUUCAACCAGCGAUACCAGGACAGUCUGGAGGACAUCGCCCACACCAGAGGUCCUCUCGACGGCAGCCUCUACGCCCAGAUAAAGAAGCGCCGAGGUCCUGGUUCCGGUUCUCUCACCUCCACCAACGGCAGCAGCCCAGGAGUCGGCCUCGCAGAAGACCGGCCAGAUCAUCUUUACCCUCAAGGUUCUGACUCCGCCCUCUCGGCCCACUCCCUCCACCUGAACCAGUCGUCCAUCCACCCGGACCACCAGGAGGAGCCCAUUGGCCCGCCGCCCCCCACCAGGCAGGAACGGGAGGAGCUGGAGCGUCUCCUCGGUGGCAUCGAGGGGAACCGUGACGGAGAGCGAGAGACAGCCAUCUUGGACGACGGAGAUUCUCUGCCGUCAGAGAGAACCGGGACGCUGAGGCUGAACCGGUCGUGCUCCUGCCGGGACGGUUACCGGUCCCAGCGUUGUGCUGAACCGGGAUGUGACCGAACCCUCCUCAUGCCCAACGGGUACUGCCUCGACCGGGCUCCCGGCACCAACGGGCACCACGGGGCAACUCCUUCUGCUACCCCCAACCCAGCUUCCCCACCAUCCCACAUGGAUCUGUGCCAGCACUACACCCACUCCCACCAGUCUCUGCCACCUCCAGACCUGGUGUGGGACCGUCAGAGUGGACCACCGCACUACCUGCACCGGUCCUGCUCAGAAGCUCCGUCAUCCCGACACAUCUGCCCUUACCCAACGCCAGACCUCACUCCCCACCCCCAUAACCACUCCCACCACCACCCUCUAUCUGCCCCGGGUCGCCUCUGCUGUCGGGAAGACGACUACGCCCCCUACCACCACCCACUCCCACCCCACAGCCACGCCCAUCCCCACCACCCGAAGCCCUCCACCAGCCCGACCUACCACGAUAUAAUGCUGAUGGAUGGUCUGCCGUCCCCUGGCUGCCCCUGCAGGGACUGCAGCAUCAGGAGGGAGGACUCGGCGGCCUAUCACAGCCUGAGGUUGGACCGCAACGAAAGCUUCCACUGGGACCGAGAGGCGGAGCUUCAGCAGAGGGAGGUGGGACUUAGGAGACCCAGGGAGGCGGAGGUUCCCCGGGGGUCAGAGCUGCAGUGGGAGAGGGAUCCUGGGCUGAGACGAGGCCGGGAGCUGUCCCUCCACUGGGAGCGAGACAGGGAGGCCGAGCUGCAGUGGGAGAGGGACAGAGAGGCCGAAUAUUGGCACCGGAGAGCUACCGUCGCCUCUUACGGUCCGCAGGGUCACGAUCUUCCAGCCUUCACCUUUGACCCGUUGCCGUCAGGUCACCCGGCGUACCCAGAAGCCUCCAGAUCUCACGCUCAUUCCCACCUGGAUCUGAAGUACAGCAGCAGUAGCAGCGGCUACCAGACUCCCCGCCAGGUUUGCCCCUGCUCGCCUUACCAGCCCUCGCCGUCUGAAAGCCGGGGAUACGCCUCGGGGUACCAGUCCGAGUCCACGUCGCCGCUGCCUCCUGCUUCCUCCAUGACGGGGCCCUGCAGCCAUAGCAACGGGCCGCCGGAGCACAACCACAACCACCAUCAUCACCACCACCAUCCAGACUCUCAGCAGUCUUACAGCUCUGACUCACACACUGAUGGCCUUCGCAGCUCUGGCGAAAGUGUUGGGUGGAGGGAUCACAUCACCCACGGGUCCUUUAAGAGGGUCCACAGAGACGGUCACGCUGCCUGUUCAACGCCAUCCGACAUGUCCGGACCGCCCACCCCCGUCCACACCAGCAGCCCGCUACGUACACAGGAGAGCCCCAGUCCAGGAGGGAGAGAAUAUGACAUCCGAACUACAGACAUCAUCGGCAGCGACUACGAGGCCCCCCAGCCCCAGGAGGGACAUUAUCGCACAGAUAACAUCAUCCAGGAAUCUUCUGAAAGCCAAAGAAGCAGCAGAGAGUCGUCGCUGCAGCCAGUCGCCAAAGAAACCCCCACAGCCACGUCUCUACAAACAGAACCCCAAAACCCCAAUCCUGCACCAAUGGACCGCAGUGCCCCCCAGCAGCAGGACUGUAGCCCCUCUGUAGACUCUGUGACGCCAUCAAACCAGAGACACUGCCAGGCUCCGUCCUCCCCUGUCCAUGCUUCGCCUGCCCCAGAUACACCGCCACAGCCCCUCAACCUCCAGACCAUCAGUCCUUCAGAAGCUGCCGCCAUCCCACAGCCCCUGCCUCGGACCCAAACCCCCAGCUCGGCAAGACCAGCACAGGUCGGUGGAUCUUCUCCAACCAGAGAACCCCAACCAGAAGCCCCCAAAUCUGCCACCUCCCACCCGGCAUCUCCUCCCCCAUCAUCAUCUCCACAGCCUGCGUCCAGCAGCAUGGAGGGCUCCCCCAUCUCCGACACCCCAGUUCCAGGUUUUGCCACCCUGGGCAGGAGGUUGAUGCUGAGUGGAUCCGAACCCCACCAGCAGGGACCCCCACAUCCCCACUACCCAGCCAUGGAGCACAGUGCCGCUGUGGAUGCUAACAAGAGGCACUACUACCCUGGCCACGCCCCACAGCUCCACCCGCCUUCCUUCUCCAACUACUCCACCAUCUCCAUCCCCCUUCCUCACCCCCAGCCGCCCCUGCCGGAGAAGCGCCACCCGUCUGCCCCAUCAGGUUCCCCCAGCGAUGGGUCGAGGCCAGCCAUCGGCCACGUGACUCCCUCCACCCAGCAUCAGCACCACGUCACGUUUUCUCCCACUGUGGGAGAAAUUGCACCACCUGCAGGCCAAAAUGAUGCAUCUACAGAGGCCGAGAACAGGGUCAGCGUGAAGUUUGUCCAGGACAGUUCGAGGUUCUGGUACAAGCCUGGGAUCUCCAGAGAACAAGCAAUCGCAGCUCUGAAGGAAAGAGAGCCGGGAACCUUCCUCAUCAGGGACAGUAACUCCUUCCAGGGGGCUUAUGGUUUGGCCCUGAAAGUGGCAACACCUCCACCCAACAUCAACAGCAGCAAGAUGAGCGACCCUCUGGAGCAGCUGGUGAGACAUUUCCUGAUUGAAACCGGCCCUCGAGGAGUCAAGAUUAAAGGAUGCCAGAAUGAGCCCUACUUUGGGAGUCUGUCUGCGUUAGUCUACCAACACUCCAUCACACCUAUCUCUUUGCCCUGCUCUCUGAAAAUCCCAGAAAAAGAUCUGAUUGGGGAGGUGCAGGAGGUUCAACCAGUCAGUAACAUCAGUACAGCAGCUGAUCUGCUGAAACAAGGAGCAGCCUGUAACGUCCUCUACCUGAACUCGGUGGAAACAGAGUCUCUGACCGGCCCUCAGGCCAUCGCCAAGGCAACAGAUGCAACGCUGGGUCGUAACCCGCGACCUGCAGCCACCGUGGUGCAGUUCAAGGUGACGUCGCAGGGAAUUACACUGACCGACAGCCAGCGCAGAGUUUUCUUCAGGAGGCAUUAUCCCGUUAACAGCGUAACGUUCAGCAGCAUCGAUCCAAAGGACAGGAGGUGGACUAACUCAGACAACACAACCGUUAAGGUGUUUGGUUUCGUAGCCAAAAAGCCGGGCAGCUUGGCGGAGAACGUCUGCCACUUAUUCGCCGAGUUGGACCCCGAACAGCCGGCAUCCGCCAUCGUCAACUUUAUAAACAAGGUCAUGUUGUCGCAGCGCCGAUAGAAGAAGAAAAACAAACUUUGUCCAUCAAGUUGGCGAUGUGACAAAGAUUUCCUCACGGUUUGCCAUCUGAAAAUGUUCGUCCGUGAUCCCUACUGGUUGUUUUUUUUUUUAAAUUUUUCAUUUUCUAAGCCAUGAUGUAAAGUGUUACAACUCUUCAGAGGAUGAGGAGGCUUCCCAAGAAAACAACAAGCAUCCAUCAGGGGCUGCUGUCUUGAAGCAACGUCAGCUUUAGCCAGACAUGUUUGGGUUUGCAGCAUCAAAAAGUCAACUUGCUUCCAACAUGAGUGGAUCAGUGUGGUCGGUAAAGCUAAAUGCUAACUUCAACUUGCAGCUUGCAAACUUAAAAGUCAGAUUUAAGAAAAAUGAUCUUGAAGGUAGAGGGCUCAUCUAAAAUGUGAUUUAAUUCCUCCACCUGAUUUGGUUGUAAAGAUCCUCAAAUCAAAGCUGAAAGUCUGCACUUUAAGUUGUUUCAUUUCAAAUCCUCUGUGGUGGUGUGCAGCGCUGAAACCUGACUGUACAUGUUAGCAACUCUCAAAAAAUGAAGUAAAAUCCAUAAAAAUCUGUACUUCGAGUUGGAUUUCUUCUCUACACCAUCCCUGCAUUUAUAAAUCAUCAGUUUAAUGAUAAAAACCUGAUGUAAGAAUGCUUGAUUUAUACUUUAUUUCAUAUCAGGUUGUCUAAAAAUUGCAGAAACAGUGUCUUCAUGUUGAAAAAUGCAGGAAUUACAUGCACUGUGGUGCACAUUUUUGGCUUUUUUGUACGAAAAUUAAACUUUGCAGACCCAAUAAGAGACGAGAAAUAUCUACAUAUUCAAGAAUGAGCCCUAUUACAGGAGGUCCUCAAUUUACGUCAGAAAUCCGUUCCUAUGGAUCAACAUAAGUCCAUUUUUGCCAUAAGUCGGAACUCCGACAAAAAUGUAAACAAUGCCGUUAUGUGCAUCAAGAUAUCGAUCAGUUCUUUGGAAAAGUCAUGAAUACCUACAACUUUCAUGCAUGUAUGAGUCACUUUUAAGGUGGUGUACAACCGGCGAACGUAAACAAAGCCUUCUUAUAACUCUGUGUGACGACGUAUUCAUCCGCUGAGCUCGCCAACUAGUUCCACGUAGCCAGUUCUGACGUAACGAUGAAACGCCAUGGGUUGAGGACGUCGUAAAUCGAGGACCGCCUGUACACUUCCUGACUUAACAGUAGGAUGCCUUAAACCCUCACAAAUUUAGCAGAAAAGUGCCUCAAAGUCCAAAAACAAUCCAACAUCAUCACUUUUUUACGUCUAAAGCUGGACUUCCUUCAUGACAGCAGCCUCCUUAAACGAUGCUUAGAUGAAGUUUUUAUCGUCCUGGAGGAUCUUUCCUUGCACUGUUUUUAAGGUUCAACAUUCAGACGUGAUACUGGUGGUGUUUAUAUUUGUUCCAAAGCGACCAAAGCCCUGAUCUGACGGUGUUGAUUUACUUCCUGUAGAGAUGUUCAGAUAUUUACAGCCACUCUUCGCCUUCCACAGCACCUUUACCAGCGUUUAAUCGACAAUCACGUUUUUUAUUCUACUACACUGCUAACGAGAGGUGUAAUUAAUGAAAGUAAACCCGAAUGUGAGGUUUUUUUGACCUUUUAAUCUUUAAGGUGUGUGUUAGAAGAGGUGGCAGCGAGGGUACCGAGGUGUCAGGUAAAGGUGUUGUUACGUGAAACGAGGAAAAAUGCUCGAUGAGGAGGACAUCAGAAUCAAAAGCUAAAGCGACAACACGGCCUGCAAACGGACGUACUUAACCAAAGACGAAGCACUCUUGUAUUAAUAAGCUUUUUAUCCAGCUAUAUUUUUGUACUUUUAAUUGCUUCCUGUAUUUUUUACUAUGCAUUCAGUUAGGCGUGUCGCCUCGUUUGGUUAGAAGAAAGAAACAACACUACUUGUAUUACAACGAUAAUAUAUUGUGGUCCGUUUUCUAUGUUAUGUAGUAAUAUAUUUUCACAUGCAGCUAUAGGACAGUGGAUGAGACAUGGAAGAGGAGACGUUUGUUCGUUUGAAAAAGGAUAUUAUGCUAUUUUGUAUGCAAAAAAAAAAGAAUUAAACAAAUGAUGUGGUACCUAAAA